GUUUGCUCAUAAGAAAGACCAAUGUUAUCGUUAAACGUGUGUUUGGUUUGUUUUGGUUUGUUUUGUUUUGUUUGGUCUUCUGCUUUUUGUAGUGACAUAAAUUUAUCACCUAGCAAGAAUAGAUAUUCAGUUGCAAUAAGGUAAAGAUGUUCACCAUGCUGAAAGUAAUAUUAAUGUUACACGUUCUGAAUAACAUCUUCACUCAAUCUUCUGCAGUGGCUCUCCAAACUUCAUAUGCACACGUCAUUGAAACUUCUAGUGCAAUGUCAAUAGAUUCUGAUUUGAACGAAGAUUGUGAAGAUAUACCUCCGCCCACAGUUGUCAUGAACCAGGAACUCAUCGUGGAACACAAAUAUGCAUACUUCCACCAUGAUAUGGACGAUGUCCAACAAAACUAUAAGGAUUUUGUUGAUGCAGACGAGUUGGAUCCGAUCGUCUUGUGUAGCGGUGAUGAGUGCCGAAAAGAUGUCUAAAAUUCCAAACGCAUUCUUCUCGUUAACAGUGAACACGUAUAAAUUGAUAUA